AAGCCGAUCGUUUUUUUUAGAUGAAGUCGAGCGUUAUAAAGCCAGAAGAAGUGGUAUCGUUUCUCCCUCACCAUCUCCAUCCUCUCUCGCCGAAUCACACACACAGGCACGGAAGCACUCACUCUCUCUCUCUCUCACCUACGAGCGAUAGCCCACACCUGUUGCGCGCGCUCCCCCUCUCUCUCUAGCCCCUCACCAUUACUCCCUCAUAAAGGAAGAACAGAACAGGGGGGAAGGAAAGGAAGAAGCAGGGCCGGGAAAGAAGAGGGAGGCAGAGGCCCCGUAAUCUCUGCUCUGCUCUGCAACUCCGGCUCGCCGCCUGCCUUUUACUACCACCACCCGCGCGGCGCGGCCACCACGCUAGCUCCUUGUAGGCGAACAGAGCCUCCCUUCGAUAGCACAGUAAAUUCCGUGGCAUUCCAUUCCCUUCCCUUCCCUUCCGAAACCCACCCUGCAUUUACUGCACAUCACUCGCCCUCGCCGACUCGCCCGGACACCCGCGAUCUUCAAAUCUUUCCCUGCGAAAAGCCGAAAAGCGGGCGCGCGCGGCGGGAGGCGGGAACGCCGGGCGCUUCACGAUGGCGCGCGAGCAUGCGGAGGAGUCCAUCGUGGCCGACGGCAACGGCAAGGAGGAGGAGGUCGGGGUCAUGGGCAUCGGCGCCGCGGACGGCGGCGAUGAACAGCACGGCGGCGGCAAGUUAAACAUGAAGAGCAUGCUAUGGCACGGCGGCUCCGUCUGGGACGCAUGGUUCAGCUGCGCAUCCAACCAGGUGGCGCAGGUGCUUCUGACUCUGCCGUAUUCCUUCUCGCAGCUGGGGAUGGUGUCCGGCGUGCUGCUGCAGAUCUUCUACGGCUUCUUGGGCAGCUGGACCGCCUACCUCAUCAGUGUCCUCUACGUCGAGUACCGCUCCCGCAAGGAGAAGGAGGGCGUCAGCUUCAAGAACCACGUCAUCCAGUGGUUCGAAGUGCUAGAUGGGCUGCUGGGCCCGUACUGGAAGGCGGCCGGUCUCGCCUUCAACUGCACGUUCCUGCUCUUCGGCUCCGUCAUCCAGCUGAUCGCCUGCGCGAGCAACAUCUACUACAUCAACGACCGGCUGGACAAGCGGACAUGGACGUACAUCUUCGGCGCGUGCUGCGCCACCACGGUGUUCAUCCCGUCCUUCCACAACUACCGGAUCUGGUCCUUCCUGGGGCUCGGCAUGACCACCUACACCGCGUGGUACCUCGCCAUCGCCGCGCUCCUCAACGGCCAGGUCGAAGGCGUCUCCCACACCGGCCCGUCCAAGCUGGUUCUCUACUUCACCGGCGCCACCAACAUCCUCUACACCUUCGGCGGCCACGCCGUCACAGUCGAGAUCAUGCACGCGAUGUGGAAGCCCGCCAGGUUCAAGUACAUCUACCUGCUGGCGACGCUGUACGUGUUCACGCUGACGCUGCCGUCGGCAUCGGCCAUGUACUGGGCGUUCGGCGACGAGCUGCUGAACCACUCGAAUGCCUUCUCGCUGCUGCCCAAGACCAGGUGGCGCGACGCGGCGGUGAUCCUGAUGCUGAUCCACCAGUUCAUCACGUUCGGGUUCGCGUGCACGCCGCUCUACUUCGUGUGGGAGAAGGUGAUCGGGAUGCACGACGCCAAGAGCAUCUUCAAGCGCGCGCUGGCGCGGCUCCCCAUCGUGGUGCCCAUCUGGUUCCUCGCCAUCAUCUUCCCCUUCUUCGGGCCCAUCAACUCCGCCGUCGGCGCCCUGCUCGUCAGCUUCACCGUCUACAUCAUCCCCUCGCUCGCGCACAUCCUCACCUACCGCUCGGCCUCCGCGCGCAUGAAUGCAGCGGAGAAGCCACCCUCCUUCCUACCGAGCUGGACGGGGAUGUUCGUGAUCAACGCCUUCAUCGUGGUGUGGGUGCUGGUGGUCGGGUUCGGGCUCGGCGGCUGGGCCAGCAUGGUCAACUUCAUCAGGCAGAUCGACACGUUCGGGCUCUUCGCCAAGUGCUACCAGUGCCCCAAGCCGCCCGUCCUGGCCGCGGCGCAGUCGCCGGCGCCGUUGCCGCACCACUAGUGCCCCCGGUGCGCCGCCCGCGCUAACGUGGCAGUGCCGGCCGGAGGCAAGGGCAAGGAGCUCUCUCCCGGGUGGCACGUCGCCUGCAGCCAGUGUUAAUUGCUAGGUUUUGGUCGCCUUGUAAUAUACAAGCCUCCUCCUCUCCUCUCCUAUGGUGUCACACUCACACCGUAGUAGAACUCAGCAGAGUAUGCAUGGGUCCCUGCCCUGCCCUAAGAUCUGGUCCCCGGGCCGUGCCGCUGCCGCGUUGCUUUCCCAACCCACCCGAUCGGUCCAUUGCCAUUUGUGUCCUUGUGUUUGUUUGGCUUGCCACCCAUAUAUAUGAGUGAUGGUCAUGGCUUAUAAGGUUCUCUCUCUCUCAGCUCAAGUGAGUGCCAUUUCCAUAUGAUACGAUCGACAUACGUAUCCUAUAGGGUUCUUUAGUUGUUUCCUUCUUUCAUGGAGCUCGGUCCAUGUUGUGUAGCGUGUGGGUAAUUGUAAUGGACUGAACGAUUCCUCAUGCUAGCUAAAGGCAAAACACAGAGGCCUUUGUUUAUUGCCUUCGCUUUGGA